CCUCUAAAAAUGGAAGUAGCCUUUGACAUGAAGAGGCGGGACUGCGCGUGCGCAACAAGUUCGGCGGGGGAAGAUGGCGGAUGACAAGGAUUCUCUGCCCAAGCUUAAGGACCUGACAUUUCUCAAGAACCAGCUGGAGCGUCUACAGCAACGUGUGGAAGAUGAAGUCAACAGUGAUGUAGGCCAGGAUAGCUCUGUCGUGUCCUCCCCAUUCUUCAAGGGAUUCCUGGCAGGAUACGUGGUGGCCAAACUGAGGGCAUCCGCAGUGCUGGGCUUUGCAGUGGGCACCUGCACUGGCCUCUACGCAGCUCAGUCAUAUGCUGUACCCAACGUGGAGAAGACACUGAAGAACUACUUUAGGUCACUACGAAAGGGGCCUGACUAGACCCUUUAGGGGAAGCAGGAGCAGCAUGUUGGGCCUGCAGGUAGAGACCUUUCUAUCCCAGGCAUUCUCUCUGGCUUCCCCUGCCUUUGUUCAUGUGCUAACUCCACCUAUUCUGCCUCUCUCGUCCCUGCCUUUGUUCCUGCAGAGAGUGGACAGUGCUUUGGCAGCCUGCAUCCUAGACCCCUUCCCUCCCUAAUUCCAUGGGACCGACCCCCAAAACUCUGGGUUAUGAAUUCCCUCUUCAAGACCUAACUGGAAUGUGCA